AUUCCGGCCAAAGGUGCCGAGUAGGCGUGUCCAUGACGCUGACGUAAACACAACGCACUGACGAGAUUAUACUCAAUCUUGGUGGUUUUGUGAAGAAUAUGUUUUAAUGUGGACACAUCAUGGAUUCAUACAUUAACGUCAAGGUCAAUUUCAGGGGAAAUUCCAAGAAUUUCCUUCUGUCGGGAUCCGAGACCAAGAGCUGGGACUCGAUGGAGGCCAUGGUGAAGCGCUCCUUUAGCUUGAGCAGCCUUCAGUUGACCUACUUUGACGAGGACAACGAAGAGGUGUCCAUCAACAGUCAAGUGGAGUAUGAAGAGGCAUUGAAGAGUGCAGCCAGACAGGGAAAUCGACUCCACAUGAACGUGUACGAGACACGUGGCCAUCCAGCAAGGGUCUCCACCUCCAAGGCUGGUGUUGCAGAGCCAAAGAGGGGCUUCAGACCCCCUCAGCAGUGUCCUACUCUUGCCCAGGUUGUCAGUCGCAAGGUUCAGGCUGCAGUGCCAGAGCAAGGCCUGGUGAUGAUGAAAGAAGUGAAAGGAACUAAAGAAGAAGACAAGACUCCUCCUGCCUGGUUCACAUCUUACAUGGAGAAGUUUAAAGACCAGGUGGUCCGCGAGGCCGUGGAGAAAAUCUGCAGAGAGUUCUCUGGACAGUGCUGUAUCCACAAACCCCUGAGUGGAGGGGGUGAGGGAGGAGGGGGGAGUAGAGGGGAAGCAAUAGCUGGAGCGGAGGUGGUACCUGAGGUUUCUUCCUCUACCCUGCCUGGAGCGCCAUCCUCUUCCACUCCUUGCUCCUCCUGCCGAGGACAGACCACAGGUGGAGGCUACCAGUGCAGUGUGUGUACGGCGUGUACUCUGUGCGAGCCUUGCAGUUUCUCUCAUGACCCAAGUCACAAUUUGGUGAGAGCCAGAACUCCCCUCUCUAUCCCGGAACAUGGAUCCCCUGCCCCUGACCACAGCAGGUUCUACAGGCGAGGAGACCGCAGCUUCCGUAAGGCGGAGAAGCAACGUCUAAAAGCAGAAAAGCGCCUGUUGAAGGCAGAGGUCAAAGAGAUCCGUAAACAGUUGAGGAUGGAGAGACGUGGCAUACAGUGGAGCUCCUCCCAUCGUGAUGGAAGUUCUUCUCCUGUCCUCCUCCAGCCUCGAGCAUCACAGCACAGCAGCCCUGAGCGACCAAAGCGUCCCUGUCCCCUGAUGGUUCCAAACAUGACAGCUACCUUUCUGGAUGAGAACCUUCCUGACGGGACCCGCCUGCGUCCUGGGACCAAGUUCAUCAAGUACUGGAAGAUGAGGAACACUGGAACUAUGAGUUGGAGCGCUGACACCAAGCUGAAGUUCAUGUGGGGAAACCUGGCAGUGGGAUCUGGAGAUCGUUGGAGAGAAGUAUCCGUUCCCUUUCUCCAGCCUGGACAGGUUGGUAUAGUGAGUGUAGCACUAUGUGCUCCCUCUAUGGACGGUUCCUACACCUCUCACUGGCGCCUGGCCCAUGCUGGAGAGCAAUUUGGACCCAGGGUCUGGUGCAGCAUUUUGGUUGACCCUCUGGCCCCUGCCCCUAUGUUGGCAGAUGGGAUACUUGUGUCUCCCUGUGUCACACCACAGGGUAAAAACCCUCUGCCAAGGGAUGGGAAAGCCUGUACAGCAUCUAGAAAACAGCCUCCAUUGUCAGUGGACAGUGGAGAAGAGUACUUCAUCCCCUCUGUGGACCUGCUCACUGCACAGGAUCUUCUCUCUUUCGAGUUGUUGGACAUCAACAUUGUUCAAGAGUUGGAGAGUGCCCCAAAUAACACACCAACAGACAGGACUCCCUGCAUCUCUCCUCUUCUGCAAGAUGGCUACCUGCAGGACAAAAUGAGCCCCUCUUUGGGGCUGAUACAAGAAGAGACUGAAAUGAUGAAUAGCAUCAUGGAUGUCACUCGUGAGGUGGCUUGUACUGCAGAGGACAGUGGAGUCCCAGCACAAGAGGAGGGGGGGGAGGACAUCAGCGGCACUCAGUUUGUUUGUGAGACGCUCAUUCGCUCAAUGACCUUGGAGGAGGCCCCUGAUCACACCUUGAUGGGAUCCUCUUCUGGUGCAGUGGUACGUCCAGCUGUUCAGAUUGACUCCAGUGUGAAAAGAGAUCAAAUCCUGGACAGUAACACGGGUGGCAGCACUCACAACCCCCCGAAACCACCAGUUUUGCUGAAGUCAUCCCUUCCAUCCCCUCUUAAAGACUCCCUACCCGCUCCCCUGUCUAUGAUCCCAGCCCAGGUGGCUGGCCCCAGCUCAGUACCGAUACCACUCCACACUGCACCCACGCCCUCCACACCUCUGGAGUGCACCACGAUAGCUGCAGCUAGGGGACCACACAGUAUGCAGCCCACCAGAAGAGAAUGUGAAAAGGAAGCAAAGGUCAACCAGCGAGGCAAAAAGAAAGAAGGAAUGAGGAGUCGCUCAUCGUCCACAUCCUCAGAGGAUUACAUCAUCAUCCUUCCUGACUGCUUUGACACCAGCCGGCCACUGGGAGAGUCCAUGUACAGCUCUGCUCUGUCACAACCUGGUGACAUCCCAGCAAGUACUCCCACAGACCCAGAAACCCUGACCUCUCAACUUAGCGCCCAUAACCCCCAGGGAGAGGAACAGGACAAGGCGCUUGAGGCCACAGCUCCAGGAACAGAGAUGUUGGGCAGCAGUAGUGCAAACGACAUGCUUUGCACGUCACAGACACUGGACGAUGAGCCCCUGAGACCUGAGGUCCUGAUGCCACCUCCAGCCACCCUCAUACCAAGUCCAGAGAGCAUUGGAAAAGCAGAGGCAGAAGGUGCUGCAGCUGAGGAGGAAAUGGAACACUCUGAACUCUAUCAAACUCAUGAUGCCUAUUGUGCUGAAAAGAAAGAGUCAGAUGUUUCACAUGCUUCUGCAGACCCUGAUGAAGACAGCGCUGAGGAGCCCAGGCAUGCAGGGGUCACCAGUGACCUGGUUAAAGGAGCUCUGUCAGUCGCUGCCUCCGCCUACAAAGCGCUGUUCACUGGACAAGGGCCCACGCAGCCCCCAGUGGACGCGUGCACACAGGACACCAUGAUGGCCGUGCUGCUGGAAAUGGGCUUUGGGGACCGCCCCCUCAACCUGCGCCUGCUUAAGAAACACAACUACAACCUGCUAGAUGUCGUCAACGAACUCGUUCAGCUCACCGACAACGACUGCUGUGGUAAAGGAAUGAAGUAUUACCUGCUGUUUGUCUCUUGCCAUCCUGCGAUCCAACAAGCUCUGACGCCGUCUGGCCUCCCAGUGCAUGGCUGCCAUCUUACCAGCACCUGGAUGAUUACCAGGAAAUGUUGCUAAAAAAUAGGACUUGUUUGGCAACUGGUCAAUGGCUGAGCUUUUCUACUUUUAGACCAUGUUAAGAAUCCUACAAUAACAAGUGACUAUUUUAGGAAGGACUGGGUCCUGGGCAUGACCGUAAACGGCAUCCGGUGAUGAGGUUGUGCAAGUGACCUGGGGAGAGUGGAGCGACCCCUUUAUCAUCACCGCUCUCAGGUACAUUCUGGCCCAGAAUGUUAGCACCUAUUUAUGGUCCCAGCCAGGGGUGACUGGCGAGGAUAAGAGUUGAAGGUAACUACUUGCUAUCGUAUACAGCAUGUAUACCUGCUGAUUAUGACGCCAUAAUAAAACCAUAGCCCACAUUAAAAUAUUAAAAAGGCAUUUAUGGUAAACAUGGGCAGGCAUAGGAGGGUUGCAUGGCAUAAAGGAGGGACACUUUAUAGUACGAUUGUGCUCAUGGCUAUGCAAUUUGUAUUAUUUUGUCGACCUCGCCUUGUGAAAGGAAGAUAUGUUUGUAGUAAUACUGUACAUAUAUGUAUAAGCAAUGGUUGUUGAAAGAUGGCUAUGCUCACUGGGGGGAAACAUUAACGUCUUUUAUGCUUCUUUUAUGCUUGCUCAAUGUGGAGCUAUUACAGGGAACUACAUUUUAAACACACAAGUUAGUUGAACCUUCACCUAGUUCAGUGUGAUGCAUUGGUAGGGACACAUACACACACACACACACACACACACACACACACACACACACACACACACACACACACACACACACAAGAGUCACCAUGACAGGGCAUUUUGUUUUGAGGAGGAUGCUUAUCGUGGGAGACUACGUUGUAUGUAUUUCACAUCACUGCUGGGUGGGAAAUUGACCUUUUGUACUGACCUUUUGUAUUCCAGAAAGAGCUGGAAUAAGUUAGUGUGUGAGAAAGUUGGUGCUAUGACGCCAAAGGGUGAAAAAGGUAUAAAAACCGCACCAAAGACAUUUCGGGGCUUCUUCUCCUUGCGAGUUCUCGGGAUACGUACAGCUGUAUCUUCCCAAUUGACUACAACUGUGACUUUGUUCUGCAAACGAAAAGAGUAAUCCGCUCUCUCGUCAGAAGAAACACAGACUUAGCAACCAGCAAAGAGCAGUUAAGGAGGAGAGAGGGUGCCCGGGGAUAUCGGAGAGAGCCACAGAUAGAUGCAGCUCCUUCUCUCCUUUUUCCAUGUGCAACUUAGAGCCUUGCAGGAGCCCAAAAGACGAUUCAUCAACUGCAGUGAUGAGUUUUACCUUUGGGAUAAGGAUUUUUCCCCCUAGCAGUGGACUUUAGAAAGGACUACUUUGGUCUUUUACUUUUAUAUCUGGAUGCUGUUGUGGUAUGAUUGUUGCUCAUUUUGGGAUGAAACUGAGAGGGUGAUAGCGACCCACACCUCAUUUUAAACCACUUUGGACAUUUCGUGUUGGGACAUUUUUACAACUUUUGUUCGUAUGUAACUGGAGCUCAACAACAUUCUAAAAGACGAAGUAAUGUAUGAUUUCUUUUAUGUUACUUCUUUUUGCCCUUGCCAAAUUACUAUUAAAUUUCCUUCAUUCAUCUUUUCUGUUGUUUUUGCGUCUUGUGAGAUAAAAGAGUAAGCUGUUUGUAUAAGAAAAUUCCUUUUAGGUUGUUCCGGUCACACCUUUGUUAUAAUAAACAGGUCCUUCUGAUCGCUAACAGAUUAGCAAAAUUUCCCAGGUCUAUACCAAAUGCAACAAACCAUUACGGAGGAAAGUGGCUGUAAGUAGAGGGUCUAGUGCUGGGUGCAAUUUACUACUGGUUACUCCAUUGUGCCUGGUCUGGAUGUAGCGGGGCCGCCUCUACACGAGCUGUGAAAACCUGGGUGAGUUUCCUUCAACCUGACUUAUAAGUGUCCUUUUUAACACAGGAGGCUUUAACCCUUUAAGCGGAGAAGUCAGAGAGGUAGGUGCGCCUGCUUAACACACGAAGGGGUAAGGGUCUUGCACCACCUGGUAACAAGGGUUUUAACAACCAUCUGUGAAGUCAGGAAUGACUGUGUUGGUAGACUAUUAGCAGCAUCAGGACCACAAUCAACCAAGGAUCUGCACCACAAAGCGCUGAUCAUUUAGCAAAAUAUGGAAAAACUACCAUGAAAAAAUACUAUCUAACUUGUAUUUCUCCCACUGACUGGUGUACUGGUAAGAAAGCACUCACCAGUGAUGGGUGUACCAGUAAAAAAGCCCACACCAGUGACUGGUGUACCAGUAAGGAAGCACUCACCAGUGAUGGGUGUACCAGUAAGAAAGCCCACACCAGUGACUGGUGUACCAGUAAGAAAGCACUCACCAGUGACUGGUGUACCAGUAAGAAAGCCCACACCAGUGACUGGUGUACCAGUAAGAAAGCACUCACCAGUGAUGGGUGUACCAGUAAAAAAGCACUCACCAGUGACUGGUGUACCAGUAAAAAAGCCCACACCAGUGACUGGUGUACCAGUAAGAAAGCACUCACCAGUGAUGGGUGUACCAGUAAGAAAGCCCACACCAGUGACUGGUGUACCAGUAAGAAAGCACUCACCAGUGACUGGUGUACCAGUAAGAAAGCACUCACCAGUGAUGGGUGUACCAGUAAGAAAGCCCACACCAGUGACUGGUGUACCAGUAAGAAAGCACUCACCAGUGACUGGUGUACCAGUAAGAAAGCCCACCCCAGUAAGAAAGUGUGCCAGUGUACACUGCGUCGUAGUGUAAGUAUAAUAAAGAAGUAGUUGGAAGACAUUCCAUCACCAUUUAGCAAGAUAUAAAUCAGUAGUUGUAAAUCUUCAUGAUCUUAUUUGUUUGCAUAAUUGAAGUUUUGUGACUACAUGCCACAUGAUUGAAAUAUGCUGUAAUACAAGUGGUUUUACUGCUUUGCAGUCCAAUUCCAAGAAAAGAUAAGAAUGAUGACUCACCGAGCUUCUGUGCGCCGCUGUGGAAGAUUGUGAGACGAGAGCAGGCUGCUGUGCGUGACCUCUUUAGUGUCAGGAAACAUAAUGCUCUCUUGCUGCGCUGCUUUAAAGAGAUAGUUGGGAUUGUUUGACAUGAAGUUAUAUGACAUCCCCAUCGGCAGUGUAGCACAUCAACGGUAACUUACCCCCCACUUGGGUCUUGUGAGCCCAGUUCGGGUCAGAAUUUGGUGAUGGGGCCACUUAAGUAAAGAGUUUGGCUUCUCAAAACAAUAUACUUUCAAAAGACUCAUACAUUUGCAUCACAAAAAUGCCUCGUCCAAAAAGUCCGACCUCACAAUCACUCGCCGUUACUUUCUCUCCCGUCGUAUCACUGCAUGCUGUUGCCCGUCUAUUGUUGUGUAUGUGAUCCACAGAGGAUGAAGACGACACAAGAGAGUCUCGUGUUGCAGCGGUCUUUAUCCGCGCAUGUAAACACUGUGGAUCACAUACACAACAAUGGACAGCCGGCAGCACACAGUAGGUAGGUAAAUGUGCUAGCAGUGUCAAAGCACAAUAUAAGUGAAAGACCAUUUACCAAGGUGAAGCACUGUCAUCCGCGAGAAACCCGAAGUAAAAGCACUGCUCCUCCGCAGACACCUCAGCGCACGUCCAACCAGUAGGAGGCCUUGGGGGAAACCCAGGAAACAUUGGAGAGACCGUCUCUCAAACAGAUACAAUUUAACACUUUUAAAUAAAAUGCAGUGCAAUAUGAAUCAAAUGUAAUCAAAAUAUAUAUAUAAGAUAAACAAGAUUUGCAUUUUUAAGAAACUGACCCUUGUUGGGAUAGGGACUAGCAUAUUGUAAAAAAAAACAUUACUGAAGAAUUUCAAUGAUUAUAUUUGAUGGUAAAGUCAACGGGCUAUUUUUCCAGCGUUGCGGAUAGUUCAUAUUCAUCUUUUCAAUUGUUUUUAUUAAAUAUCCAAUCAGAUCAACGUGCAGGUCACUUUCUUGAUUGAUUUAUCUUUGAAAAGUGUUUUAAAGUUAAUUUUAUUGUAAGUUUAUUCAUUUUAUUUCCUGUGGAUGCAAAUGGUACCGAUUCCAUGAAAUGGUAGGUCGAAAGUCAGAUUUUUUUUUUUUUUUUUUUGUCACAAGGCUCCAAAUCCCAGAAGGUACAGAUCAAGUGCUUCUACUUGGUAAUCAGAAAUAAGAAAGAAAGAAUAUCCAAUGGAUAGGUCACAUCCAGAAAAUGCAGGAAAAUUAGGAGCAGUCGGCAGGACCUUGCAAUAUUCCUAUGACAAGACAGAUGGCGCUGAUGUAUUAAGGAAUGGCGAUAGUUUA